GUUGUGGUCAGCCGGAUGAAAACUAUUCAGUCUUCUUUCUCACAAAGUUCUGACAAUCCUAGCUCAGUAUUUCCCAUGAGAUUUGUGGCAGUUUCUGCAACGAUUCCAAAUGCAGAAGAUAUUGCAGAAUGGCUUUCAGAUGGCAAGCGGCCUGCUGUAUGCCUGAAAAUAGAUGAAAGACACCGUCCAGUGAAGCUUCACAAAGUUGUGCUUGGAUUUCCCUGCAGUAGCAAUCAAACUGCAUUCAAAUUUGACUUAACACUUAACUAUAAAAUAGCUAGUGUUAUUCAAACAUAUUCUGAACAAAAGCCAACACUUGUGUUCUGUGCCACAAGGAAAGGAGUUCAGCAAGCUGCUUCUGUACUGGCAAAAGAUGCUAAAUUUAUUAUGACUAUAGAACAAAAACAAAGAUUACAAAGAUCUGCAAAUUUAAUAAAAGAAGCCAAGCUUAGGGAUCUCUUAAUUUGUGGAGUUGCUUAUCAUCAUGCUGGAGUAGAAAUGUCUGAUAGAAAAACAAUUGAAACAGCUUUUAAUAUGGGAGAUAUACCAGUUCUUUUUACUACUAGUACACUUGCCAUGGGAGUAAAUUUACCAGCACACCUGGUAGUUAUAAAAUCAACAAUGCAUUAUGCUGGAGGAAUGUUUCAAGAGUACAGUGAAACUGAUAUUUUGCAAAUGAUUGGGAGAGCAGGAAGACCUCAAUUUGAUACAACAGCAACAGCAGUUAUCAUGACAAGGCUAAGUACAAGAGACAAGUAUGUUCAUAUGUUAAAUGGUGCAGAUACAAUAGAAAGCAGUUUGCACAAACAUCUAAUUGAGCACUUAAAUGCUGAAAUAGUGCUUCACACCAUCACUGAUGUGAACAUAGCUUUAGAAUGGGUGAAAUCAACUUUCCUCUAUAUCAGAGCUUUGAAGAAUCCAACUUAUUAUGGGUUUUCAGCUGGACUUGACAGAAAUGGGAUUGAAGCAAAAUUACAAGAACUGUGUUUGAAGAAUUUGAAUGAUUUGUCCUCGCUUGAUUUGAUCAAAAUGGAUGAUAAUCUCUAUUUCAAAACCACAGAAACUGGACGACAGAUGGCUUGGUAUUAUAUUGCAUUUGAUACUGUAAAAAAGUGUUUCAUGAUUAAUGGAACAGUAACUUUAUCUGAACUGGUUGUAUUGAUAUCUGGUUGCAGUGAAUUUUCAGACAUCAAAUUAAGAACAAAUGAGAAAAAAGUACUGAAUUCCUUGAACAAAGAUAAAAAGUGGAUGAAUAUAAGAUAUCCAAUGGAAGGAAAAAUAAAAACAAGAGAAAUGAAAGUAAACUGUCUUAUUCAGGCACAGUUAGGAUGCAUUCCCAUCCAAGAUUUCACCUUGACGCAAGAUAUAGGAAACAUUUUUAGAAAUGGCAUAAGACUUACAAAAUGGUUAUCUGAAUUUCUGGCUACCCGUCAAAACAACUUUAUUGUAUUACUAAACGCUUUGAUUUUAGCAAAGUGCUUCAGAUGUAGACUUUGGGAAAAUUCACUCUAUAUAUCCAAGCAGCUAGAAAAAAUUGGCAUGACUUUAUCAAAUGCAAUGAUGAAUGCAGGACUGACCUCCUUUAAAAAAAUAGAAGAUAUAAAUGCAAGAGAGCUUGAAUUGAUUUUGAACAGACAUCCUCCUUUUGGAAAUCAAAUUAAAGAAUCAGUAGUACAUCUUCCAAAAUAUGAACUUAACAUAGAGCAGCUGGUAAAGUACAACGAAGCAGUAGCUGAAAUCAUAGUGACAAUCAUAUUAACCAACUUUGAACAGCUGCAGAUAAAAAGAACUGCUCCAGAUUCUCAUUAUACAACCCUAGUAAUAGGAGAUAAUGAUAAUAAUGUGAUUUUUAGACAAAGGAUUAUGGAUUCUGCUUUGCUGAAAACUGGAAACUGGACAAAAAAGAUUGAAGUGAGAAGAGCUGUUAAUUCUGAUGAGCUUAAUAUAAAUCUAAUCAGUUCUGAAUAUGUUGGAUUGGAUAUUCAGCAGAAAUAUAAACCAUUUUACUUAGGACCAAAGAAGGUUGGAAUUAUGAUCACUCAUGGAAAACCUGAUAGCUCUCAAACUUCUUCAGUAGGAUCAUCAAAAUUAAGAACAAAUAAAGCCACUUGUAGCCAAGAAUCAGUAAGCAUAAAGAAUGGAAACAGAAAAUGCAAUCACCACUGCAAAAAUAAAGAAACAUGUGGACAUGACUGUUGUAAAAUUGGAGUUUCAGAGAAAUCGAACAUGAAGAAUGAGUCAGUUUUUUCUUCAUAUCUUACUGACUUAAGAAACCGGAAUGCUGAAUCUGCCAUUCCCCCAGUCAAGCGACUAAAGAUGCAGAUGUCAAAUAAAUCUCAAAAAGUUGAUCUUAAACAAUUUAGUUAUAUUCCAAAAGCUUUUCUUCCAGCAUUGCCAAGAUUAGAGCAUGUACAACAUCCAAGAUCCCCUUUAGCAGAAGAUAUCUACAGUUCUGAAGUUUCUCAAAGAUUUCAACUGGAAUCUGAAGUUCGCAAAAUGAAUGGUUUCUUUGCUAUCCAGCAGUCUGAGGAAAACAAUAACCCGAAAAUGAGCUCAAACAAAAGUCUUGAAGAGUCUUCAGUGAGCAACUUGACUGAUGCAGAUAAAAGCAUCUCUUUGUUUUCUGAAACUUUGAAUAUAAAUUUUGAAUUAGGAAAUGAAAUUUGGAAUGAUUAUGAUGAUGGGAGUUUUGUACAUGGCAACCCUUUUACUGCUAAUAUGCAGAAGUUAAAAGAUCCAGAAUCUUCUCCGCUGGAAUCCAGAAACAUGUGCAUGCAGAAUUUGAGAAAAAACUCAUCAUUUUGCCAAAAUACUCAGAAUAAACCUCCUGGGAUACCUUUUAAAAGUUAUUCCAUAGAUAACACAAAACCUGAUAUCUACCUGCAAAAUUCUUACUCUCCCUCACUGACUCCUCCAUCCAGUAGCAAAUUGUUUACAGAAUGUGGAAGUCAAAAUAUUUUUAGACUUCAAGAAGAAUAUAAUCCACCAGAAAAUCUGAAAAUGGCACAAUUAACUGCAACCUCAGAAACAGCCUUGAGAUCUUACCAAACUGAUGGAAAGGGAGACUUUUUUAUUACCAACAGAAAUAUGACAAAGGGGGCUGAUCUUAGGCAACAGCUUGAGGACGAUGGUGAUAUUAAGCCUUUUCUUGGCAUAUUUGAUGGCCUUUUCUAAUGCUCAUAAACACAAUAUUUUAUCAGUGGAAAAGAAUAAAUCUUAAUUUUGAGGAUGAGAAUUUUCUACUUUUUCAGUUUAUAAUAAUUCAUUGAUAGUCAGUUUUGCUAUAUGGAUAAUACCGUAAUUACCAAAACACUAUAUAUUUACUUAUUCAUAUACUUAAUUUGUAAUAUUGUUUAAAUGUCAAAAUGUUUCAUUAGAUAAGAAUGUAUUCAAAAUAUACUAUUUUUGAAUUUUAAAUUUUACAGUUUUAUUCUGGAAAAUAAUAUCUUUGCUAAAUAUAUCUCUUAAAUAAAUAUAUUUGUGAACUACUUUUUAUUUUAUUUUUUAUUAUUUUCUUUCCUUUGGUCAGUGUCGACAACUAGUGGCUGCUUAGACAAAUCCCCGCAGUUUUCUUGGCAAGAUUUCAGAAGCAACUUGCCUUUGCAUUCUUUUUAGGACCGAGAGAGAGUGGGACUAGCACAAGGCUGUCCAGUUGGCUUUAAACCUAAGGCAGGACUAGAACUCAUGGCCUCAAGACCUCUAAUUCAGCACCUUUAACCACUACACCACAAUAGCUUUAUUCUUAAAUUAUUGCUGGAAAAAAUACUUUUUCCAGAUUUUUAUAUCUGUCAAUUACUUGUAUUAACUUUGCAUUUUAAAAUUAAGUGUGUGUUUGUGAGUGCAUUGCCAACUCUUUGUAGUUUUAAAUACUAUUAUCUCAAAUUGGUUUUUAUUCAACGAGGGUAAGAAUGCGUUGGAUCCAAAUAUUUUCAUGAAUGAGGGGUUUUUUUGUCAUAGAAAACAGUUUUCUAUGAAUAAAACGGAAACCCCCCCCCCCAUAAGCAGAACCCUUCUUUCAUGAACAGAAUAAAAUCUUUGGAUUCAAUCUGUCUAAUAUAUUUGCAUCUUAACUGGAGAAAUAAACUCAGAAUAAUACAAAAUAUAUAUUUUAAUUGGACAUUAGGAUAUUACCACAUGGAAUAGAAUGAUGCUUAUAAAAAACAUGAGCAUACUGUAAAUGUAUGUAUGUUUCUCAGCUGUUCCUUCUGCAUGCAAUUCUGGUGACCUCUAAAAAACCUUUCCCCAAUAUCUGAGCUUCUUUGGAGGAGCCCAUGGAUUCUACUUAAAGAAAAAAUUGUACUAAAGAAGAAAAGGCAGCACAUACAGUGAUCUUUGGCCAUUUAUGUUUAUAUAUAUGUGUCAAUCAUAAAAACAGAAAUGUAUAGCUGUAAGAAGUACUGCUCAAGUGUUUGUAAAUAUUCCAUUGUCAUUCACUGAAUCUUACUAUGUGUCCAGUUUGUAUGCAGAAACUUAAGGGCAAUCAACAGAUUAAAUUUUUUGAGUUUUAACAGAUCCAAGUUCUCAGAAACUAAAUCAGUGAUGAAAAUAGCCAAAGAAACAAGUCUUUUUUAAUUUUGGUGUGGCAACUGGUAUAUAUUAAACUCAAAUCUUUGUUCUUUCUUCAGUCAUACCUAUUACUUGCUUUCCUCUUCAGUCAUCUGUGGCUCUCAUCUCAAAAUUAGAUGUUAAAAUGAUUUGCAGCUUACUAGAGCAUUCCACCAUCAUACUGGAAACAAUUGAUCAAUAUAAACAGAUUUAGUCCUACUGUUUACUUAUCUACCCGGGAGAAAACCCAAUGGCAUAAGUGGGGUUUAAUUCUUAGUAGAUAUAUGAGGAUUAUCAGUGUCUUUUAGAUGAAAUGAAUGGAAUAUUAUCCUCCCACCUUACAUUUUGGGUAGAUUUUAUAUCAGAUAGCACCAUGGAAAAAAAUUACUCUCCGGGUUACUUUCUUUUGCUUCUCAAAUUAAAUUUUGCCCAAGGGUGGGAUUAGUAGUUAUUAAUGUUUUUAUUUCAGUCUUAAAAGUGAUUAAUGUUCAAAAGAUAAAUUUGAAGUUUCUUCUUACAACUUUUUUUCUUUAUGUAAUACUGCCUUCAAUUUUCAUAUGCUGCUCAUCAAUAAUCUGUCUCUCAUACCUUAGGGAACAGCUUCAGUUCUUUUUGCAAUAUACUUUACACUGUGCUUUUUAUUUUAAGAGGCUUUAAUUUCCAUAUUCUACCACAGGAUAAAAGUGAAAUCCAUCAGCAAGUUUUGAAGUUAUGAAUGAUAGAACAUAUUUCUGGUAGACUAUGUCCAAUAAAACUUUUAACAAACAAUUUCCACUACAUGUCUAGUAACUACAUUUCUUGUUAAGAAUGUCUUGUAAUAAAUAUGAAAUCUGCAGGAGUAUAAAAUCUGUGUUGUGCCA